GUGCUGUAUUCAAGACAGACUCUUCAGCUCUGUAGAAACCAUACAUCUUUUCUUUAACCAUCACUAUGCUCUGGAAACUCCUUGUUGCCUCUUUCUUCCUAGGCUCAGCCUGUGCAAUGCACCUGGAAUACCUGAAAGUUGACUCUGCUGGGGAACUUGCUUUUACUUUGGAUUCUACUGAUCAAGAUGAGGAUUUGCUGAUGCCUGAGGAACAGCUCCCUGGUGUGUGUUGGGCUUGUAAGUGGGUCGUGAAGAAACUGAAAAAACAACUUGGCAAUAAGGCAGACGUGGCCACGACUAAAGAAAAAUUGACAAAAGUCUGUGAUUCAAUCGGAUUCCUGCGAAGUCUCUGUAAGAAAUUUAUUCACAAGAACUUGGAUGUCUUGGUGGAGGAACUUUCUACCUCAGAUGAUCCAAAAACUGCCUGUGUUAAUAUUGGUGCUUGCAAGUCAGUGGCCAAGCUGGACUUGAUUAACGCUUUUUCGCAAAACUACGAGACGAUGUGAAGGACUCCAUGACGAGAAAUAAAAAGAGGAAAUAAAUGUUUCAAAUAUAACAUGCUUUCAAAUCAUGAUGAAGUUUUUUUCUGCUAAUAAAUAUCUUUGCAAUCAACAA